AUGUCCUUCCCGCUUCAUGCUGCCGCCCGCAAUGGGGACCUGACGGCGCUGACCGCCCAGAUCGGGGAGGGAGCCAACCUGGAGCUGCGUGACCCGCAGGCAAGCUGCUGGAGCUGUUGGCGCCGCACCGCGCUGCACCUGGCGGCCUGGGCGGGGCACGUGGAUUGCGUCAAGGCGCUGCUGGCGGCGGGAGCGCAGGCCACCGCCGUCGCCCAAGACGACAUGAACGCCCUGCACUUUGCCGCCGUCAAGGGCCAGACCGACGUCAUCCGCUGGCUGCUCAACUCGGGCCUCAAAGUGAACGCCAAGAUGCGCAACGGCAGCAACGCGCUGAUGAUGGCGGCCAAGCAAGGCCACACAGACGCUGUGGAGCUGCUGCUGGAGCGCAAGGCCGACCCGUCUGCCACCGACAAGCGCGGCCAGACAGCCGCCGACCUGUGCAAGGUCGAGGCGCUGAAGGAGCUGCUGCUAGCGGCGCAAGCCCAGCGCGACGACUCCACCGCCGGCAAUGCGGUGGAUGCCGCCAAGCAGCAGAAGAAGCAGCGCAACGUGCGGCGGGCGAGGGAGGAGGGCCAUCAGGGCGACAGGAGCGGCGGCCAGCAGCAGGCGGACCCCGCCGCGCCGCCGCCAGCAGCGCAGGAGCAGGAGGAGGAGGAGGAGGCACCUGCGCCGGUGAUCGGCGCUGAGCUGCCCCCAGAAGUGGCGGCACGCCUGGCCCGGCAGCAGCAGGAGGAGACGGUUGCGGCAGGGCAACAAGAGCAGCAGGACGGCGACGGCGGCGGCGCUGCGGUAGCAGACGCUGCAGCCGCGCCGCCGGCAGCCAAGAAGCCGCGGGUGGCGCUUGACUACGAAGAGGAGAACUUUGAGGAGGAGGACUGA